AUGCACCCAUCUCGUGUCACUCACUCAUCUCUCUCGCAUAUCAAUGUAAAGGAUUCACAUUGUGUGAUAGGAAGGAAUCCCAUGGCUGAGCAAGAUUUGGGUUGCAAAGCACCUUUUUUCCUUUUUCUUAUUCUUCCUACUGGACUCUGGAGUGGGCGAAUUAUUGCAUUGCAUCAUGUCUUUCUGCAUAAAAGCGUCACGCUCAUCAUCUUCGGAGCAGGAGAAAAGGGAAAAUUGAGAUGGCUGGUACCAAAAUUGAGUUUCAUUGAGAUCUGA